AUGGGGGGGUGUCUGUCCACAUGUCCCCCUGGGCUCCGCUCACUCUCUGGCCCUUCUCUCCUCCUUGCAGGGCGAUGCCUGGAGCUCUGCCUCUUCCUGCUCGGCUUGGCGGUCCCGGCCUUUGAGGGCUGCCCCAGCGACUGCGUCUGCUACCCUUCGCCCAUGACGGUCAGCUGCCAGUCGCACAACUUCCUGGCCAUCCCGGAGGGGAUCCCGGCGGAGAGCGAGCGCAUCUUCCUGCAGAACAACCAGAUCUCGCUGCUGCUGCGCGGCCACUUCAGCGCCUCCAUCGUCACCCUCUGGAUCUACUCCAACAACCUGACCUUCAUCGACCCCAAGGCCUUCCAUGGCUUCAGCCGCCUGGAGGAGCUGGAUCUGGGCGACAACCGGCACCUGCGGGAGCUGGCAGCUGAGACCUUCCAGGGGCUGCUCCACCUCCACGCGCUGCACCUGUACAAGUGCGGCCUGAGUGCCCUGCCGAGCGGGCUCUUCCGGGGCCUGCACAACCUGCAGUACCUCUACCUGCAGGACAACCACCUGGGCUACCUGCAGGAGGACCUCUUUGUGGACCUGGUCAACCUGAGCCACCUCUUCCUGCAUGGCAACAAGCUCCGGAGCCUCCAGCCCGACACCUUCCGGGGCCUGGUCAGCCUGGACCGGCUGCUGCUGCACCAGAACCAGCUGCAGAGCGUCCACCGGCUGGCCUUCCACGACCUGCGCCAGCUGACGCUCCUCUUCCUCUUCAACAACAGCCUGGCCGAGCUGCAGGGGGAGGCCCUGGCGCCCCUGGCCGCCCUGGAGUACCUGCGCCUGAACGGGAACCCCUGGAGCUGCGGCUGCCGGGCGCGCUCGCUCUGGGACUGGCUGCGGCGCUUCCGGGGCUCCAGCUCCUCCGUCCCCUGCCAGGGCCCCCAGCCCUUCCACGGCCGGGACCUGAAGGAGCUGCCGGCCGACACCUUCCGGGGCUGCUCGGCCUCCGAGUCCCUGCACCAGACCCACGGGCCCCAGCUGCCCCCCAGGGACCACCCGCCCCUCCUCUCUCCCUCCACGGAACAGGAGGAGGGCACCGCGGGGGGCCACGGCACCCAGUCUGGGCAGCGCCCUGGAUCCCGCAAGAGCCUGAAGAACUGCACCAAGAGCCGCAACCGGAGCAGCCGGCCAGCCUCCCGGGGGCCCUGGAAGAGCGCCGAGGAGGCGCAGGACCUGAAGCACCAGCCCGACCUGGGCCGGCUGCCCAAGCCGAAGGGCAAGUGCCCCCGGGCCCCCGUGCUGCCCCCCAGUGGGGUCCAGCAGGCUGCGGGAGGGGGCCGGAGCUUAGGGGGCCGGGCCACGCUGACCCUCCAUGCUGCUGUCCUGCUCUGGACCCUGGCCUGGGGGGCGAUCUUCCGCUGA